AACUCCGUAAGGUACAACAACAACUGGUCGAAUGUUCUCGGGGUAUCUAUUAACAAUCCCUAAAAUACACUGUGUCCCGCCCGUCACACUGAUCUGUUGUAAGCUGAUCCUACUGUCGGACUUUGACACUUCAACAAUCAGCUGGUACUAAUCCAAAUCAAUUAAUCAUCGAUUCCGUUCAUGAUUAUCUACGACAAAUAUGGACAUAAUGUUAUCACAAAGUACGUAAUGUAUAUAUAUAUACACACUAACCCAUGUAUGAAUGAGAGAUGAGUAAUUUUCCUGUGGGUUACCACAUACAUUAAUGUAGGUAUGAUUCCAUUGGAAAAGCCCAUGCUUGACAAAAAAAGGAGUGAACUCAUUGAUAGACUGUAUUCCCCACACUAACCGUGAAAAUAUAGUAACAGAUUUCAUAUACCAGCGAUAUAUAAUAUACGUAAUAUCUAAUACCAGCGAUAUAUAAUAUACGUAAUAUCUAAUACCAGCGAUAUAUAAUAUACGUAAUAUCUACAAGAUCAUUUGAUGAAAUUUAGUGUUCCAGGAUGCCUGAAUAUACUGUUAAAGGUGAAACGUCACUGAUGUAUCCAAUGAGAGAUGAAGUUAGUAGAGGAUGUGCGACAUUAAAAGAUGGAUCAACACCUCGUCAGAGUAUCGACUGUCUGUUACUGAAAACGGAUGUCCAAUACUGGCGGAGAGGUAUACUGGAGAUGUUACCGAGACAAACCAAGGGAGGCAAUCAUAAACAACUACUUACUUUCCUGAUUUCAAACGUGACAAAUGCUAUACAUGCUCGAAAAAUUGGACCAAAAAUGUUAGUUACAAUAAACUAUCAAGACGCACCAAGUGACCUGGACCUUGUUAACUGGAGAAGAAUCAUGAUAGGUCUAAAUUUGGUGUUGGAGGAGCCGGAUACUAACCGUAAUAUACAAUCUAUCGGUGUUAGUGUGGCCAGCAAUACAGACGUCACCAGUCUUAAUGGUUUUCUGGAAGUAUUGUGUUUCUUAAAAGAGCUAUCCUGGGAUGUUGUAGAAUUCAUCAUCAGUCUCAGAAAAAUUGACGCGUCUGCAUUAUAUGAAACGCUGUCCGAUACGUCCAAUGGAUUUUCUGUACCGGAUUGUUUCUAUGGAACAGUGAUAGAAUUGUAUGAACGCAAUAUGUCUGUCAUGAGGACUUUGGGAUUCUACAGGAGAUCACCAGAGGAACACAUUACGUGGACCCAACCAGAACGAGGUUCUAUACCAGCUAUGAUGGGCGCUAUCCAAGGGUUAUGUAAACCUCUAUCUGGUGUUCAAGAGAGUUGUGGACAGUGAUGUCAAAUUAGUCAUUUCUAUUUCCUCAUUAUAAGCGUGACACGUGUUCCUCAUCAGAUUAAAACAUCAUCGAUAGAUGUUUCCGGACCACUUUGGAUUGCAAUACAUAGUUUCCUGUUAUAAAAUUUACACAAGGAACAGCUGACAUGUUUUUAAACUAAACAUCGCGAAAACUUUCUCUAAUCAUUGCUUUAUUUUUAUCUUUUUUUUUUUUUUUUUUUUUACAAAUUUAUUAGUUUUGAAGUAUUUCCUUGAAAUAUGUGUGUAUAAUUCCUUAGCGAAUCUCCGUCCGAUUAUCUAUAUACAUGUAUGUUUACUGAGUUAUAUAACGGGAUAUGUGCAAUAAAUAUGUUUUUCCUUUAAAUUCUGCUUUUGUUUCGGACUCUCGUCAGAGAAGGUAAUGGUAAAUCGUGAUGUAUGUCGAUGAUGCCGUAUACUUUAUUCGAAACAAAACCAAUUGGGUGGGCUUUGUUUACAGCUCAACCGGAUGGAAACCAAUCGUAUGAUCUGUAAGACGCGUACAAAACUGACACACGAGUGAAUAGUACAUUUAUUUUUUUUAUAUGCCACGUAAUGAAUAUAAUAAAUGAGUCGUACAGUGGUUUCGUCAUACGAAGACUCGUCAGUGGUGCCAGGAACACUAUACAGGUGUUCGUCCUACUAGUUAGGACUCGUCAAUAGUGCUAAGGACAUCAUACAGCUGUUCGUCUUUCUAGUUAGGACACGUCAACUGUGAUAGGGACAUCAUACAGCUGUUCGUCUUUCUAGUUAGGACACGUCAACUGUGAUAGGGACAUCAUACAGCUGUUCGUCUUUCUAGUUAGGACUCGUCGAUGGUGAUAGGGACAUCAUACAGCUGUUCGUCUUUCUAGUUAUGACUCGUCAAUGGUGAUAGGGACAUCAUACAGCUGUUCGUCUUUCUAGUUAGGACUCGUCAAUGGUGAUAGGGACAUCAUACAGCUGUUCGUCUUUCUAGCUAGGACUCGUCAACGGUGAUAGGGACAGAGCAGUUUGUCCUUCUACCUGGGACUAAUCAGUGGUGCUAGGGGACGAACGCAAUAGGGUUUCAGCCUGUAUUGAAAACCGUACAAUAUAUUUGACUUACAUGUCUAUUAUUAUUUAAGUAAUAAACAACUACGGUUGACUGUGUAUAUCUAUGAAACAUAAGAACUUAUAUUAUGGAAUUGUUGAAGGAUAUGAUAAUGAUUAUAUGACGUAAUCCUCAUGUUUAAAUGGAUUGUUUAAGGAAUUCAAAAAGCAUAUUAUUAAAUGUGUGUUAUUAUUGAAA